CUGUGAAUUCCCAAUGACCCGGUAUUGUUUGACAUAACAACAUCGAGAUGUACUUAAAGAGAAGGUACACCUUUGUAACUGGUUAGUGUGUGACCGGCAAGAGGACGGAUCGACUGGCAUUAUGAAGCUCGCUUUAUUUUAUUUGUUUACGGUGGCCGCGGUCACGAUGGCCGAAGACUUAUCGAGAGACCUCAGAAAUGGAAAUGAAGCUUUCACAUCGAGAAUGUUUUCUGAAAUAGUGAAGGAGAAGCCUCAACAGAGUGUAGUGCUGUCAGCAUACUCUGUGCUGACCCCGUUGGCCCAGCUCGCCUUAGCUUCCGAGGGUGAAUCACACGACGAACUUUUGAAGGCCAUUGGCAUGCCCAACGACAAUGUGACAAAAGCCGCGUUUUCACAGGCCGAAAGAAGCCUCAAAUCCGUAAAAGGAGUGGAAUUAAAAACAGCGAGUAAAAUAUACAUCGCGUCCAAGUAUGAACUAAAUGAAAACUUUGCAACGACCACCCGUGACGUGUUCAAUUCCGAAGUUAAAAAUGUUGACUUUACUCAAGCACAGAAAACCGCGAGCGAAAUCAACGCUUGGGUUGAAGACCAAACAAAUAAAAAAAUUAAAGACCUCGUUGACCCAGAUUCCUUGGAUGCCACUACUAGUGCUGUUCUUGUCAACGCCAUCUACUUUAAGGGUCUCUGGAAGAGUCCAUUCAGCACUUACGCGACAUACGACCAGGAGUUCCAUAUUACAAAAGAGAAAUCAGCAAAAAUUCCGAUGAUGUCCCAAAAAUCUGAAUUCAACUACGCCGAGGUUCCAGAAUUAGACGCUAAAAUCCUACAAAUGUUUUAUGAAGGUGAUGAAGCAUCCAUGGUACUGGUGCUCCCCAACGAAAUCGAUGGUAUAAACAAGCUUGAGGAGAAAUUACGAGACCCAUCAGCACUCAACAGAGCCAUAUCUAGCAUGUACUCCACUGAAGUUGAAGUCACUAUUCCUAAGUUCAAAAUCGAAACUACAACAAACCUGAAAGAUGUUUUAUCGAAGAUGGAAGUUACGAAACUAUUUACACCUGGAGAAGCCCGUUUAAAUAACCUGAUCAAGGGACAGGGUGACUUAGUCGUAAGUGAAGCUAUACAGAAGGCUUUCAUUGAAGUUAAUGAGGAAGGCGCUGAAGCUGCAGCAGCCAACGCGUUCGCAGCGGUCGCUACCAGCCUUAUUUUAGAUGAACCACAAGCAAAAUUCUUCCUGGCUGACAGACCGUUUUAUUUUGAAAUUAGAACCGAAUCAACUCCCAUCUUCAGUGGAGUCAAAUUUGAAUGAAUCUAAUUUCAAAAUUUUAAAUUUAAUACGUACUGAAAUGUGAUAUUUAAAUUGUAACCGAAAGAACUAAAGCUUUGACAGUUUGCUAAACUUCCUUCAUAAUUGUCAAAAUUCCAUUCGAUAUCAUUUAUAUUUUUAUUUUCCAAAUUGAACAAAUUACAAAUAAAUGCCUUAAAAACAUGA